AUUUCCAGCUGAGAAGCUCAUAUCCCUCAACAGAAUCAGUUUGGAACACAGUACUCUCUCCACUGCCCACAAUGCUCGGUAUAAGAAGCGUCCAGCCCUACACCAACACCAACCAUGCUUCUAAUAAGAACGUACCACCUAAAGCUAAAGGCAAGAAGGGGUUAGUGGACAUCAUCUCAGCCGGUACUCGUCAAAUAUGGAACAAGAAGGUUCCUGGCACCCAAAUGGAGAAACUACAGAACAUCAUCCAGGAUAAAUACGGCGUCAAAUUCGAAAAUUACUGGGAUUUCCAUGAGUGGUCCAUCAAAAACUAUUCUCAGUUUUGGGAAGAAAUUUGGAACUUUUAUGAAGUUGUCUGCUCGAAACCUUAUGAUCAGCCCUCCAGGCGAACAGGAGAUCGAGUCAUUGAUGUGGAAUGGUUCCCUGGCGCUAGGUUGAACUAUGCAGAGAACAUCCUUCGAUAUCGAGACGAUGGGGUAGCCCUCAUCUGUGUUGACGAGGAUGGAAACGAAGUGAACGUGACCUUCGCUCAGAUGUACGAGGAAGUGAGAAUGUACGCUGCUGCCUUCAAGAAGAUUGGCCUUCAAAAGGGGGACAGAGUGGCUUGUUACAUGUCUAACAGACGGGAGGCGAUUUAUGCAAUGUUGGCGGCAGCAAGCAUGGGAGCCAUAUUUGGUGGUCCGUUGCCAUUUUACGGUGCAAAGGCUGUGGCAGCUAUCAUGGACAUCAUGAAGCCGAAAUUCCUCAUCACAGUAGACAGAUUCCAAUUCAAUAAGGAUGAGAUUAACAUCUUGGAGAGACUCCCAGAGAUCGUAAAUGAUCAAAAAUGCAUUGAAAAAGUAAUCAUCAUUCCAACCAAAGAAAGCUCCAAAUUAAAGGACAUAAGCUCAGUAAACAACAGCUGCUUCCUCGACGAAUUUCUAGAAGGGGCCUAUAAUCCUGAUGGAAGUAUUCCUGAGCUUGUUUUCGAACAAUUUCCAUUCAACCAACCCGUUUUCAUUAAUUUCACAUCAGGCACAACGGGAUUGCCAAAGGGUCUCGUCCAUUCUGCUGGAACAUUUUUGCCUCUUCUCAGAGAUUUUGGUCUGCACUGCAAUCUUGAUCGAACCACUGUGACCCUAGCCAUGCAACCCGUCGGUUGGAAUUUGUGGAAUUUGUACGUCGGAAACCUGAUGCUUGGAUCCAGCCUUCUUCUGUACGAUGGUCUUCCCUGCUUCUUGUCCAAACACACUUUCUGGGACGUCAUGGACAAAUACAAGGUGACCUUCGCCUUCAUCGUUACCAGCAUCAUCGAUACCUUCGAAAAAGAGGACAUCGUGCCUGCUCCUGAUUGCAAGCUGGAGCAUCUGAAAUUGAUUUCCAUCGGCGCCAGUCCAGUUAAACUUCAAAACGUAGAUUUCAUCUUACAAAAGGUGAAGCCAGACGUUUUCGUUGGAUGCUUAUAUGGUGCUACCGAAGUCAUUGGAGUGUUUUCCGGAUUCGACUACAAUUCACCAGUCUACAGUUCAGAGAUUCAGUGUCCGGCAUUGGGAGUCGAUAUUCGAAUUUUCGAUGACGAAGGAAACAGCAUAGUUGGAAAAUCUGGCGAACUCGUGAUUGCAACACCCACGCCCUCCUUCCCCGUCAGCGUCUGGAAUGAUGAAGAUGGCUCCAAAAUGCAAGAUACUUAUCUCUCCAAAUUCCCUAAUGUCUGGGCACAAAGCGAUGAAGCUUGGAUUGACCCCAAAACCAGAGGCAUGAUCAUCAUUGGCAGAAGCGACAACACAAUCAAACAGCAUGGAGAAAGAUUUGUGUCAGAGGAAAUUUAUUGGGCUAUUCACGACGUUGAAGAGAUAGCUGACAGCAUCUGCGUGGCUCAAAGCAACGGCAGUGGAGAUGGUCGAGCCGUCCUCUUCGUCAAGAUGAAGAAUGGACACGUCCUUGACAAGGACAUGACCUUUAAGAUUGAAGAGAAGAUCCUCAAGGAACUCACUAUCUUCUACAUUCCAAAAGUCAUCUUGCAAGUCAAGGAUAUUCCGUACAAUCUGAACGGAAAACGAAUGGAAAGUGUUGUGAAAAAGAUCGUCAACACCAACGUCAUACCCGAAGUGAAUAACAUCAGGAAUCCAGAAUGCCUGCGACAGUACUGGAAUAUUCCACAACUUCAAGAUUUCUAAGCAGGUGUUCGGAAUCUCUAAGUCUAAAAAGUGGAUCUUCAGAGAUCUGAAAAGUACAACUGCAAAAGAGACUAUUCGUGAAAGGUCAUGUGAAGGUCAUGAUGGUUUACUUCGACAUGCUACGAAGAUGGUGUGCUAAAGACUGUUUAUCACUAAUUGUAUUUAUUUCGCACAUUAUUGUGUUUCUUUCAUCACUUUUACAGGGAAAGAAUACUAUUUUUAUAUAAAAUUGUACAUUUUUAGUGUGGUUAUGGUAUUCUGUAACUCUACCAUUGUAUGUGAAUAAAAAAA